ACGACAAUUAAUGAUGGACAAUCUGGGUGACAUUUAUUAUCUAGUACAAUUAAUUGUUCAGCAAGUUUUGAUAUUUCUACGAGACUUUAUUUUCCGCGAACUUACGUGGUUCACGUCAGCCGAGGACAAUUUUGAUAACGCGAAUUCGAAGAUAUUAGGAAUCGCGCCGCAGCAUCCCGCCGCCGAUUUUUUCGUACUUUUCACUGUUUGUAGCCUCCUCUUUGCGUUUAUGAUUCUAUCUGCGAAUUCCCCCAAGAACGAGGCGUCGGAUCACGAUAUCAUUAACAUUGAGACAAUUUCCACUGCUUUUGAGAAUGAUACGUCACCUCUUUGGUAUUCGAAAGCUGCAAACUCGAGCUUAAUAAAUUACUUCCACGCUUGCAACUCGAUCAAUCCAUCGCGCGACGUGGUUCUUAAGAAGCAAAAUAUCUCGCAUCCGGCUUUCUCAAAAUGCAGAGGGUCAUUGCAAUCAAAAACCUCAAAUUACAACGUGCGCUCUAUCUAUUCUCAACAUUCUCGAAAGAAACAAAUGAAUCAUCCCUCUUCUCAGACGACAUCUCGGGAAUGGUUAAUAAGACGCACCAGAAGUGGUCACGUCUAUGGAAAGUACCCGAUAUAACGAAAAUAAAAGGGAAGCAAUCGCGUUUGAAAUGAAACGCCGACAUCAGAGUCAAAACAAGGAAAUUUGUUUGAAAUUUAAGACAAUUUAUCGCAACCAACUUGAGACAAGAAUAUCUUUCUUGCGCGGGAGGAAUGUAUGCUCCUGCUAAUUUUGAUAACUAUAAAAUAUUUUUGAUACUAUAUUAUAAUUACAGUACAGUUUUUGAUAAUUUUACCUAUUU